AUGGGAUGAAGGAACACAUUUUACAUAACUGUUUCCGUGUCCUUAAUAUUUAUCAUAUAAUAACAUGUGAAUUACCCGCUUUGUCCUCGAUAGACUCCUAUAGACAGGUGGAUUUACUAGCAUUAAAUAUUGGAUACGACAUUUGAAUCUCCUUGUACUUUUCUGUUGACAUUCGUCUCGGCGAACAAUGCGAUAUUUAGUUAUCCAGCGUGAUGCUUUAAGUCACUCUCAGGCGCGCAGUGUCUUUUUACUUCUAGCGUAAAUGAGUGCUAGUUGUGUGGAUAUUGUUUGUAGCUGAUUUUCUACUUUUGGAUAUCCGUGGAAGUCGUAGUUAGAAUUGAUGUAAAACGGAAACUUUGGUUCGAUACAGUCAGCACUGUCACCGGGCCAUUUGGCGGUAAGCUUGGUUCGAUACAGUCAGCACUGUCACCGGGCCAUUUGGCGGUAAGCUUGGUUCGAUACAGUCAGCACUGUCACCGGGCCAUUUGGCGGUUCACUGGCUCAGUAAACGUUGAUUGGAUCUCCAAAGGCCCCAUAACCGAGGUUCUAAUCGCACUCGACAGCGGAAGUUCCAUCCGACUCCGCCGGCCCUCAAAAUGGACGUAUGCCUCAUCGGCCGCUGUCACUCAUCGGUUGGCAGACCAACCAUUGUAAGGGACUACAAAAUGCAGCUUCUAAGCUACUCACCUUUAGUGACACGGCGCCCAGCGACGUCAUUCGUAGGACGUCAAGCCUUCUCCCCGCCUCCUCGGAUACACUCAGCCCAGUCACGUGUGGCCAUGGCAACCUUUCCGAAAAAUCACAUCAGCAUGGCGGGCUUCUACGAUUGGUCGACAGACGAGUUCGACGAUUCACCUAUGGCGAGUGUUUACCAGAAAAUUGCGGUUAACCAUAAGAAUAAAUUAAACAAAUCGAAUGGUAAGUCGUGGUGUUCCGAUGGUGUCCAUUUGAAUCCGGGAAGAAUGUUUGUUCGCGACAAGGCGACUUUGACGAAAGGUGAGCAAGAGAUUAUAGCUGGAAUCUAUAAAAACCGAGGGGACACGAGUGGUAAAAAUCAAUUUAUUGCACAAGUCAGAAGUCACAAAGACGCUUGGUUAGUAGGUAAGAAGCUUAUCCGUGGAAAGGGAGGCAUGUGGCCGGAAGAAGAGAGGUGUUCCAUUGAAAUCCCCAAAAAUAUUUUUAGUCGUUUGGAUACACAACCACUUUACAGUGAUCGACCAUACUUUUGUGAUAAGUGCAAGGAAAAUUGUUCAGUGAGCGACCACUGUAGGCGGGAAAUGUUACGCAACGAAGAAAGAGGUGACAUUACCGGCAGACGGGCUCCUCCGGUCUCUCCCGAUGACUCACCGUUGACCGAGCGGAAACUCCCGAAGCAACCGAAAACAAACGAAGGGGCCGUUUUUGUCGAAAGCGGCAAAACCUUCUACGAUCCUAGUGAAGGCUCGAAGAAAAAGAAAGUGUACGUCGAUGUUUUUCUCCCAAAGUUUACUACACAAAGUCUUGCAGAGGAAUCAACGUCAUUGACGCUUGUUGAAAACGAUGACAAAAAGUCGACGAGUUCAAUUUUUAAAAAGGACUAUGCUCCAAAACUGUUCAAAAUAUCUGAAAGGUCGAAAGAAAACUCCGACGAAGGCUAUUCUAGUCAAGAAAGAUCACCAGUUAACGGCGGAAAACACAAAUUCUCGAGCCCGCCACUGUCAAGGUUAUCUGGAAAACCUGAAUCGAGUUUAGGGGAUUAAUCAAAGAAACAGAGGUCCAAGUAAACUAAAACAAUGUGCCCGGUAAACAUGCUGUUGAUUUUAAAAUCAAAAUUACGAAAGAGUCUGAGGAAAAUUUUACUCAGCCCCAAAACAAGAGUGAAUUAAAAUGAAUUGUUGCUUUCCAGAUCAAGAUAUUGCUUUUGUGUUCUUACGUUUGUGUUGACGAGGACGUCCAAGUAUAUAAAUGUUGUUCAGUUUGACAUCACGUCGCACUACAUUGUUUUAUUUAUUUAUUUAUUGAAUGCAUCCAUAUUUUACGUAAAUAUUUCAUUACUUUAAGAUUUUCGUAAGACUUAUCUUGUGAAAGUAUGAGUAAAGGUUUGUCAAAACAUGCAAAGUGUAACGGUGGUAGUAAGCUAAUCCAAAAGAAUGCAUAUACGAACGAUAUUUCAAACGAAUUUGCUUAACAGUGUAAAAAAAAUAGGCGAUAAAUAUUAAACCAUAUUGUAUAGGUGUCAAGCGGUAAGUAACAGUUUUCCGGGUGCAUGCCCAAUAUUCCGAGUUCCCGUUAGUCAGAAGGCAAGCUUUCCCGAAGGUCCGUCAUCCAUAUAUCCAGAUAUUCAUAAUGCCCGAAAGGCCGAAAAUCAUGACUGUAUUUUGCGAAACAAUUUGUAUUCUAAACGGUUUUUUAUAUUUAAAAUCAAGGAUGAUAAUUGAGGUUAUACAAAUCUGCCUCAAACUAUAGCUCGUAACUUGAUGAAUAGCUUUCCUCGACGCCAUAUGCCGUAAUAUGUAGCAAGUGUUAACAAUGAAUUUGUGGCCAGUUGAUUAUAGCGAAUUAGACCCAAGAGGUGAUUAUCUUGUGUUACAUAACAAAAACCGUUGUUUAACCCAUUUAUGCCUAGCGACUAGAAAAAAAGGCCUUGGCAAACAGCGUAGACCCAGAUGAGACGCCGCAUGAUGCGGCGAUGCGGCGUCUCAUCAGGGUCUGCGCUGUUUGCUUAAAGGAUUUUCUGUAAGAAAUAUUCUAAAUAUAGAAAUAAAUAUUCUAGACAUCCCUACAAUGGAAAUUAAUUGAUCCAAUUUAGAAGGAUGGGAGAGUCCACUAGGCAUAAAUGGGUUAAGUAACAAGCUUUAAAUAUUUUUUAUUGUUCCCGGGAAUGGCCAGUUAAGACCCCAGACCAUGAUCUGAACAAACAUUGUAGAUGUUAUAGUUAAGCAUUGGAUUACAGAAAUUGUACAUUCGCAGCUUUAUAUCAGAUGGGCAACACGUGCAUGUGCGUUGAAAAGUGUAGGAUAAGAGCGAAUACGGGUAAGUUUGCGUGAAGUAACAUACAUGCAAAAUGAUAGACGUCCAUUGUAAUUCCACUAUACCGUCUACUUUGUAGUGUAGGGUUAACUGUCCUAGUGCGCGAGUUCAUACGAUGCGUGUUAAGAUGGUUAUUGAAAUGCACCCUAGCAGUUUAACAUUACUUGUUUCACGUGAACAAAUCCAAAAUGUCCCACUUUGCUUAAGAAGUUUCUUAAUACGUAUAAUAUACUUGUAUUAAUAUUGGGCCUUUGGAAUAUCGGAUCUCCGGACUUUCGCGAAUUCGGAAUAUCGAACGAAUGAAAGAAAUGUUCACAAACAAUGUGAACAAAGCAUUUGUGAUUACAUUUAAACCAAUCUCUCUUAGCAAUUCUUCAUACAAAAUUGAUCUUUUAAUAAAUCACAAAUCAUGAUAUAACUAAAAUAGCUAUGUCAACUAGUGUAAUUGCUAAGUAUAUAAUAUAUAUAAUCCGCAUACAAUGAUUUAUUUUUAAAAAUAGUAUUGUUUAUAUGUUUAAGUACAAAUGUUGAUUUGUUGUACGUUUGGUUUCUAUACGGAUAUGCUAAUAACCGGUAUAAGCUGGAUUUUUUUUGCUCAAUUAUUGAAAAGAGAACUAUUUCAAUAAUGCACUUUUUGAUUAACAAAUUGUUCAACAGAAUACUACCGCGUUAUAUUAAAGGGGUCUUUUCACGUUUUGGUAAAUUGACAAAAUUAAAAAAUGUAUUUCAGAUUUGAAAAUGUUCUUUGUAGUUAUGAUAUUUCUGAGGAAACAGUAAUACUGAACAUAUACCAUGCUCUAAAAUAUCCAUUAUGUGCAUAUUUUGACGAUUUAAAAACCUGAAAACUAUAAAGCGUUGAAACGCGAAACGAUUGAAUAAUUUGGAGAGUUCUGUUGUUGUCGUUAUAUUUUGUGACACUAAGAUAAUUGCUUUAAUAGAGUAUAAAAUACAUAAUUGACUGUAUGAGCACCGAUGGCCGAGUGGUCUUAGCGUUAGACUUUUACUCCAGGGGUCAGUGGUUCGAGCCCAGUUGAGGGUUACUUUUUUAUCUUUGUUUAAUUGUAUUCUUGUUGUUUUUUUUUUGUUACUGGAGCUUUUUAGAUCCAGUAUUCACAUUUAUCAAUAUAAAGCAUUUAAUGACAAACUUAAUUACAUGCCAAAAUCUGUUAAAAGGUCCCUUUCAGUACAAUUAAUAUCAAUGUAGUAUUUGACUGUGAUAAAAUAUACAUGGAAUUUCAUUUUUAAAAGUUUAUAUCGGUUUACUUUGAUACGCGUGUGUUUUACUAUUGUUAUUGUUAUCUCACUGUAUGCACAAUUGAACAACUUUUCUCGCUGCAGCUACGCACAAGUUAUAGAAAUUGUCUCCUUAUUGAAAUCAUCGUUACUUGGCACACUUUAUUAGUGUUAAAGUAUGUUUUUUAUUAACUAACGCCAUCGGCCCGUAAACGCUAGAUACGAGCGGGAUAUAUGCACGCCAACGAAAACUUUGGUUUGGAUCUCCGGACUGAUACAUGAAAUAAACGAUUAAGUGUUACCAAAGUAUUAUUAAUGCACAUAUUUCGAAGCUGCUGAUUGCAUUUACUGUAUAGGCCAUAUAGAGAGAAGAUCCCGCUUGUAAUUCAAUAACUUAUUUUGUAUUAAUGUAUUACUGGAUAUCUGGAUUUCUAAUGUUAAAUACGCAAAGCGCACUUGCUCACUGUGUUGUUGAUGAUUGCGUUGCUGUUUUAGAUCUGUAGGCACCUACUGUGUUGUUUUGUAAUUGAAUAUCGUUACUGAAUAACUUUUGUAAAAGUAUCUGACUGAUCGUUAUGUUUAAAAGUUAUUCGUUAGUUAAGAAUCAUAAGAUAUGAAGAUUUGAUAACUU